AUGUCGAAUACCAAGAUCAUCGAGGUCCCUGAAAACGAUUCGCAAGAGAACGAAGGCGCGUCUACAUCGUCGCCGAGAAUCAACGAAAGUCGCAGAGGCAACGUUUCCAAGCUGGGAGAAAGUCCAUUACAUCCCGAACCAAAUGACGCCACGCAAGUUUUUCUCAACCUGAAGCAAGAAUGUUUGUCCGAGCAAGUCUUGUUUGAAGAUCCAAAAUUCCCGGCGGCGGAUUCUUCCUUGUUUCCUAGCGGCAUUCCAACUGGCAAAUUUUCCGGGAACGUCGUGUGGAAACGUCCAAAGGAAAUAGUGAGCAAUCCUCAAUUUUUUGUCGACGGAGUAUCACGAUUCGAUGCCAAGCAACGUGAUUUCAGUGAUUGCUGGGUCAUCGCCGCUUUGUCAAGUCUAGCAAUGCGUCCGAAAUUGUUAUACAAAGUUGUACCGAAGGAUCAAAGCUUCCAGGAAGACUAUGCUGGGAUAUUUCAUUUCAGAUUUUGGCGGUACGGGAAAUGGGUGGACGUCGUGAUUGACGAUCGUCUACCAACGGAUUCAGAGGGCUUGGUAUGUGCGCGUUCGUCGGACAGCAACGAAUUCUGGACAUCCCUGGUCGCGAAAGCUUACGCGAAACUGUAUGGUUCCUGGGAGGCCAUAGAAUAUGGUCAAGCUUCCGAAGCGUUGGAAGAUUUUACCGGCGGAAUAUCAGUGACCCACCCAUUGAAUGACCCUCAGCGUUCGCCCAAGUUUCCCACUUUUCAUCACGCUCAAAAACGGCGUGCUUUAAUAGCAUGUCAGUCGAAGUCGCGUCAGGAACCCAUUUUUGCUAGGGGCAUUGGUAACAUAGACAGCGGCAUAGUGGGAAAACAUGUGUACAGUGUCGUCGAAGUAAGCAAUUACAAGGGAUUCGAGUUACUGCGAUUGAGAAAUCCGUGGGGUAACGAAGCUGAGUGGCGAGGACCGUUUCGAGACUCGGAUGAAGUAUGGAUUGACGAAGACAUGAGAAAGGCACUAAAUUUCGAGCCGGCGAAUGACGGCGAAUUUUAUAUACCUUUCAAGAGGAUGUUGAAUCAUUUUUCUCUCGCACAUAUUUGCUAUCCUGACUUCCAGAGCAUGUUUGAAGAUAAAUGUAACCUUGUGUCAUUCGAAGGGAAAUGGGUACGUCGAGAGCUAACUGCUGGAGUCAAUGAUCGUGCGGAAAUACUGUCCCGAAACAGACAGUUUUUCGUAACGUUGGAACAUUUGAACGAUCUGGAUGGUAAACGCAAAAUGUUCAUUGCAGUGAUGCAAAAAAACCGGAGAAUGAAACGUGCCCCAUAUCUCGAAAUUGGGUUUGAAGUAUAUCAGGUGAAAGACGCUGAUCAAUCAUCCGCGCCACUGGGUAUAGAUUUCUUUAGAAGAAACAAACCGGUAGAUGGAUCCGGAUCAGGACCGGGAUUGCGCGAAGUCUACAACGUAUUCAAAUUGGAACCCGGAGUUUACUGCGUCAUUCCAAGUAUCUAUGCCAAAAUCGACGGGAGAAUGAAACUAGUUUGUAACGAAGAAGAAGAGUUCUUGCUCAGAGUAUGGUUCGCGGUUUAG